AUGAAGAAAGACGGCCAGAAGAGCUUGUGGCAGCGCACUAAGGCGUGGUUGUACCCGGCCGUCAAGAAGAGGAAGCGCGCUGCCUUGGAGAAGAACGACAAGGGCUCCUCCGACUCUCUGUCUUCCACCGAGUUCACAGACCGGACCAUUCCAGACAGCUCAUCAGAGAUCCACCUGGAUCUUGAAGGGGGGCUGCCGUCUCUGCCCUCGAUGUAUGCGGACGAGCCUGAAGCGGCCGAGGAGGGCGGCCGAGCAGAAACGAGACCAGCAGAGCCGAAGGCGGAGGCGCGGGUGGGGGAGGUGUUUGAGAGCAUGAUGUCGGCGGGGGAGGAGUCGUGGCACGAGGAGGUUGCAACGCUGACACCCACGCAGCUGGUGGAAGCCACCUUCCGCCGCCUUUUCCCCGACACCUUCCAGUACGCGCUCCCCGUCUGGCCACACAAGAGCGUGGACAAGCUGCUAUGGAAGUGGGACGCGGCGUACAGCCGGCUGCUGCGGGCCGAGGCGCACUACGAGGCCGGCGGCUGCGCCAAACGGCCCACGCACCGCGCCGAACGCUGCGGUGGCCCAGGCUCCAAGGUGGACAGCAUUGACUACUGGGCGCAUAGUGUGCGCGAAGCCGAGGCCGCCAUCGCACGCGAGCAGCACCGCAUCCUAGGAGGCCUGACCUCGCCGUCGUUCUUCGCGUUCUUCCUGACACAGAAGGAUGCGGCACUGGCGGCGCAGACGCGGAUCCACUCAGAGGACGGCCACUCCUUCCGAGUCAUGGAGGCACCCGGCCCAGAAGAGGUGAACUGGCAGGUGCUGUGGAAGACGAGCAGGGAGCGCAGCGUGCGUGAGAUCCUGGUCUUCCCGCUCAUCGUUCUCAUCAUGCUCAUCCCCAUGGGGCUCUUCUCAGGCACGCUGGCGCAGGCGACGUCCGCGAUCUGCGGCGGCCCGGACGCGGCUCAGGGCGGGCGGCUGUCCUUCCUGGCGACUUCCUGGUACUGCCGGGAUGACUCACUGGCGCGGCCGCUGAUCACUUCGCUGCUGCCCUCCCUGCUGCUGACCACCUGGCAGUCCCUCAUCAUGCCCCUCGUCCUCUACAUAUUUGCACAGAUGGAGGGUCAGCAUGCAUCGCUCAGCAGCCUCGACCGCCGUAUCUCCGGCCUCUUCUUCACAUGGGGAGUCUUCAAUGUCUUCCUCGGUGCAAUGCUGGGAGGCAGUAUCUUCAGCAAGAUCCGUCUGAUUCUGGAGGUCCCAGCCGCCACACCAGACAUCCUGGGAGCCGCACUGACAACAUCCUCAAACUUCUUCAUCAACUUUGUCAUCAUCCAGGCGUUUGCAGUCAACCCUUCGCGCAUCCUGUUCCCCCAUUUUGGUGUCAUCUUUGACCUUCUCCAGUGCUGCGGAUGCUGCAGGCCGCGCAAUGAGAAGGAGAAGGUGUGGCGCAAUUCAAGCCUGAGCAUAGGCUACGGCCGUGAAAUUGGGGGGAUCAUGCUGAUCUACAUCAUGGCCCUGUCCUAUGCAGCCUGCUCGCCCAUCAUCCUCCCCUUUGCCCUGUGCUACUUCCUCACCGCCUGGGUGAUGUGGCGGUACACCAUCCUGUACAUGACAGAGCGCUGCUAUGAGUCUGGCGGCCUGCUGUGGGACCAGGUGUUCAACCACGUCUGCUGGUGCCUCUUCAUCUUCGAAUUCUUCACCGGCUGCGUGUUCCUGGCAAACUCGGCCUUCGUGCAGGCGUCUAUACUGUGGGUGACGGUGACUCCCCUGCUGUACAAGUUCCACAGCUACGCCAGAGCGCGCUACGGAGAGGCGGUCGCCCACAUGCCAUUGGAGACGGCGCUGGCGGCACCGGAGGCGAGGGUGGCUCCAGUGGUGUACACCCCAGCAUCGCUGCGCCCGGGCGCCAGCGGAUGGUACCCCGAGUAUGGCAAAGCCUGGGAGAACUGGGGCGUUCCUUUGUACACGCCAUGA